CCUCGGUCCUUCCCUGAGCUUCACCUGUUUCCGCGUUACCCUGCAGUUCGUGGUGCGGCCAGCAGGGAGCGCAGCGAGAGCGAUGGAACAAGCGGCUGCUGCACGAUCAGGAAGGAGUCGCCCUUCGUUGGUGCCGCAGUUGAGACAAGUUCACCCCAGCCUGGGCUCUCCGUUUUCAGCAGGAACUAGGACACUGCACCGACUGGAUAUAAUGAGUUUCUUCAGCAUGCUGCGUAAAAGGAAAGAGCUGAUCCCUAUUGUUGGUCUGAUGGCUGUCGCCGCGUCCGGGGCUACCAGCGUCUCCAUUUACUUCCUCCUCACCAAACCUGACGUCAUACUCAAUAAGACGGGAAAUCCUACUCCCUGGGAAAACGUGGACCCCAAAAAACCGCAGAAGCUGCUAACGAUUAACCAGAAGUGGGAGCCAGUGGAGGAGGUCCAGAUAUUGAAGCGUUACAGCAAAUAAUGGAGCAGACUAUCUAAUCAGUACUGAAUGUUUCACUGAUUCCUGACCUGAAAUUCCACUGGAGAGGAACAGCAACACUUCUGUUUGAGUUUUAGGAUUAAAAAUUGUCAAUUUCUACCCCAACAACUCCUCCCUCUCUUCCUCCCUCUCUUAACUUGUGCCUUUGUCUUCAGGAUGAGUGGCUGCACUACGAAUGGGCAGAUGUGAAAUAGUAACGUGUGUAUUUUCACUCAAACUAUUCCUACCAAUAAGAUCUAUAAGCCAAUACAUUACUGUAAAAUAAAUCGUGUCUAAUUUAAA